AUGAAGUUCAAUUUUCAAUUAAGUUUAAUUAAUACUUUGUCUUUUAUAACCAUUUUACUUUUUAACGACGCUUCUGUUUCUGGUGAAACAGUGUCAGAACACAGUUCUGGAUCUAACACUGUCACCUUAUCCCCCGCUGGUGCUGUAACUGUAAACACCCAAACUACUAGUACUAGCUACUGGACUGGGUCAUCUGAUAUCACUUAUUCAACUGUCAUUGUCGAAAAGAAAUGUGUUGAAUACGAAAUUACCUCGAAUACCGUUUACUUUGUUCAAACACCAAUUAGGAAUGCAAGUACAAGGAUUUCCACAUAUGUCGAGAAUCUUCCUGAUUUUAUUACUUCAACUUAUGGCACCACCACGUUUACUGGUACAGAUGGUUUGGAAACAACAGAAACAAUUUAUAUAAUUUCUGUUCCAAUUGUCGAAACCACUGUCUGGAUAACCACCGAUUUUCCUGAUGAUUUCGUUCUUCCUCUAUCCCCAACUACAUCAAGGACAUCAGUCACUGUUACACCUACUAAAGGAGCAGCUUAUGUUCAACACAUUGAGUACGCUAAUAAACCACAAAAGAACUAA